CUUACUUGUCACUGAUGUGUAUGUGUGUUGUCUAAUCUGGUUCGUUAGUUGAAGUGGAAGAGAAGCAACUCAGUGUUACCGGUAAUAUAAGCCGUUUGAGAAGAUUCGUGAUAUUAGAAAACCAGGUACCUUCUUAUAUAAUUAUUUACCUUUUCUUCUGUGCGGUGAUUAAGUUUCAGGAAUAAAUACCGACUAGGCCUGCAAUCUUAUAUUUCCAGCCAAUUCAUUUUCUUCUGUCAGUUAACCAUUCACCAUGUCUAAAAUAAAAGCCGGUCCAGUUGUUGAUAUUUUGGGAGAUGAAAUGACUAGAAUUAUUUGGGAUCUCAUAAAGGAAAAACUAAUCCUCCCGUUUCUUGAUAUUGAAUUGCACGUUUAUGAUCUUGGUAUUGAAAACCGAGACAAGACCAACGACCAGGUCACGGUUGAUUGUGCUGAAGCAAUUAAAAAAUAUAACGUUGGGAUCAAGUGUGCCACAAUCACUCCAGAUGAAAAAAGGGUAGAAGAAUUCAAGCUUAAACAAAUGUGGAAGUCUCCUAAUGGAACGAUUCGUAACAUCUUAGGAGGAACUGUGUUUAGAGAGCCAAUUCUUUGCAAAAACAUCCCUCGACUAGUAACUUGUUGGGAAAAACCAAUCAUCAUUGGAAGACAUGCUCAUGGAGACCAAUACAAAGCUACUGAUAUGAUUGUUCCUGGAGCAGGUAAACUAACACUAACCUUCACUCCCUCUGGUGGUGGAAAGCCGAUUGAACAUGUCGUCCAUGAUUACAAAGGUGCUGGUGUUGCUUUGGCGAUGUACAACACUGAUGAAUCCAUUGUCGACUUUGCUCAUUCAUCAUUCAAGUUUGCUCUAGACAGAGGCUAUCCUCUGUAUCUGAGUACAAAGAACACCAUCCUGAAGAAGUAUGAUGGAAGAUUCAAGGACAUUUUUCAAGAAAUUUAUGAUAAGGAGUACAAACCUAAGUUUGAAGCCAAAGGAAUUUGGUACGAACAUCGCUUAAUAGAUGACAUGGUUGCUUAUGCAAUGAAAUCUGAAGGAGGCUUCGUAUGGGCAUGCAAGAACUACGAUGGUGAUGUACAGUCUGACUCCGUUGCUCAAGGAUAUGGAUCGCUGGGUCUGAUGACAUCAGUUCUCAUCUGUCCAGAUGGAAAAACCGUAGAAGCUGAAGCUGCUCAUGGAACAGUCACAAGACACUUCCGUAUGUACCAACAAGGGAAAGAAACCUCUACAAACCCAAUCGCUUCUAUCUUUGCUUGGUCAAGAGGCUUGAUGCAUCGUGCUAAACUCGACAACAACACUGUUUUGGAUGACUUUGCCAAGAAGCUUGAAGAGGUUUGUGUUGAAACAAUUGAGUCUGGAUUCAUGACCAAAGAUCUCGCUAUAUGUAUCAAGGGUAUGAACAAUGUCAAACGUUCAGACUACUUGGAAACCUUCGAGUUUUUGGAUAAACUAGCUGAAAACCUAAAGAAAAAGCUCAAUGCGUGACUACCUCAUGAGGUCAACAGGUAUUCUAAACUUUAGGUCUAAAUAUGUUGUCAAAGCUAUAUUAUUAAAUUAUUAGGUAGGCUUAUUGUUAAGAUUUAAGAUGGUAACGAACGUUUUAUGUCAAAGACUGCAACAAAAAUCAAUUGGUUUGUAUUUUUAAGAUAAGACUGAAAAAUCAGAAUUUGUAAACUAGGGCCACCAUGAAUAAAUUUUAUUUCCAUAGUCAGGGUUAUUUUUUAACUGCAAGGCUUUUUAACCAAGCGUAGGCCUACUUGCUUUCCACAAUUUUUUUUUCUUUAUAAUUAAUUCAGUCAAGCAUGUCUUUAACAGCAUAUUUUAAGAAACUUAGCCUAAUAUGUAAAGAUUCACACCAAAAAUACUUAGCAUUGGUUUAAAAGUCCAGGUUAUUAGUUCUGUAUUGAAACAGGCACAAGUUAUGAGUUGAAGGCAACAAAUUUUGAAUAGUGGAGGCCUUAUAGAAUUUGAUUAUAGGCUAAUAUAAUAUUUAUUGUUUUUUUUAUCUAUUGCUUGGUAAAAAUGUUUAGAUGAUUUUUUUUCCUCACUACCGGUACCGUAUACAUAGUUGUGGCCAGUAUUUAAAUGUCCAUAAUUAUUUAGGCCUUGUCUAUAUUUGUUCAUUGGGAUCUUUUUCAAAUUAAAUGUGACUAGGCCUGUUCUACAUAGGCUACCUACAUAAUCCAACUUUUUUCAAUUUUUUAAACUCUUUUUAACAUUUAGGCCUAAAUGAAUGAUUCUUAAGCCUGAUAAAAAUUAUUCUCUCUUAACCUUGCAGGGCAGUUGAGGCUAAUCUUUUGCAGGACUUAUUUAGAUCUAGGUUUUGGUUGCCAUCAGGUAAUAUCAUUUAAUUAUCAACACAAUUUUGUGUGUUGCUGUACCUACGUACAAUUACCAAAUUUCAAAUUUAAGACAAUUGUUAUUAGGUCUUAAAAAUAAGUAUUAGCCAGUUAGUUCAUGCAAAAACUUUCCUAUUUAGGCCUAUUUUAAUACUUUUUUCUUGUUUUAGUUUAUACAAAUUUGUCAUCAUAGCGCUUAGUCGCGCUGGCUCCAAAAAAGUAGUUUAUAAGUAUUAUUUGUGUUUGGAAUUCUAACUUGAUUAUAAUAUUGUUAAGAUUCAAAAUGAGGCACAAAAGAGCACAAUGUGUUUUUUUUUUAGAAGCUAAGCCAAUUCAUUUUAUUUCACUGCAUUUAUUUUAGCACAAAAUGAUAGAAGCUGUGAAAACCAACUUUACUAGACCCUUAAUAAGCCUGCAUUUUUAUACUUUAUAUUUUUUAAUGCAAUAAUUUGUACCUGUCAUUUAAUUAAAUAUAGAUAAUAUCAGAGUCUACUUUAUUGUGUUAAUAUAUUUUUUAUUUAUAUCUUAACCCAUUUAUUCUGCCAUUUCAUUCAUUGGUUAAUAAACAUUUUUACCAUGGA